AUGGCGUUCAACCCGACCAAAUCAACCGUCAAUAAUGAGAACUGUGACCUCCACUACUGGUAUCAGGGCGAAGGACCCCUCAUAGUAUUCAUCCCCGGCGGCAAUGGUCACGGUCGGCAAUACAACCCGAUCAUCACGGCGUUAUCGGACAAGUACACCUGCGCCACCUUCGAUCGCCGUCAGAUGUCCGCCAGCCAAGUCAAGGUGAACAAGCGACUGAACCCGCCCCAGCAAGCCCGCGAUGUUCGCGCCAUUAUUCAGGUCCUCGGCUUCGACAAGGCCAUCAUCUUCGGCAGCAGCAUGGGCGGGCUGCUCGCGUUCCAGUUCGCGCACGAUUUCCCCGAGAUGGUCGAUCACCUCAUUGCCCACGAGGCUCCGUCGUACUCGCUCCUGCCCGAUGCGACUGAGGUGUUCGAGUUCAUGUACCACUGCAUGGAUGUAUAUGAGACGCAGGGCUUGGAGGCCGUGCAGCCGGUAUUCGCCAAAGCGUUGCUGGGAUACGAUGACGAGGGCGUUCCGAAGCCGAUGUCGCCGGAGCCGGUGAAUCCCAAGAACUUCUGGGCUCAUGAGUUUUCGGUCUUGAUGGGAUAUAUGCCAAAUCUACUCCGAAUCAAGGCGAAUGGAACGAGUGUUGGAGUGAUGAGGGGUGUGAGGAGUCGGGAUGCGUCGUAUGCGAGGUCGACGAACGAGCAGGCGAAAGUCUUGGACUGCCCUCAUUUUGAUGUGCCUGGUGGUCAUGAAGGGUUCCAAGUCGAGCUGGAGGCGUUUCUGCCGUACUUCUUUAAGAUGUUGGAGACUCUGGAGAAGAGGCGUAGCGAGCGUUCGUGA